GUUUAGUCAGCCAUGAACAGUUCUGCCCCUGCGAAAGUUCUAUUUUUUUUCCCCAAUUUCUCUAUUUUUAAUUAUAUCGUCCAUCUUUGGGUCAAUGGUAAUCAAUCAAGUUUAGUGAGUCUGAAACUUAAAAGAGUGCCUUUUGCUUUUGGAAUUGCCUCAUUUUCAUUUGCACAAUGGCAAUUUUGAGGGUUUUAUGUAUAUAUUUGCUUGGCGAUCACAAUUAAGUUUUCGCUUUCGAUUUUCGAUAAUAACAGCAAAUGGAUAACUUUGACCAGAAGCUUGGUCCAGAUUUUUUCAAGAAUCUCACAGGGGAAGCCAUUGCCCCGUUAAACGUGGUUCAUGAAGAAAUAUAUGAAAGCUCGUCAAAGCGACCAAAAACAACAUCUAAGGUCUGGGACGUUUUUGAGAAGCUUCCGGCACAGCAAGGAGAUUCCAAAGCUAUAUGUAAGUUAUGCAGGAGGAUAUAUACUGCUAAAACCACUAGUGGUACUUCUCACUUGAGACGUCAUAUUGAAGCAUGUGUUAAACGCGGUAAUCAUGAUCUAGAUCACCGCUCGAUAGAAGCAUGCUUUAAACCUGUUAACCGUGAUGCUAAUCGCCUCACUCUUUCGCAUGACACCUUGAUUGCUGCUACUACGUCCUUAAAGAGCUAUAAAUUAGAUGUGGAUGAGAUUCGUCAGGCAAUUGCAAUGAUGAUCAUUGUUGAUGAACAACCAUUCAGAAUGGUUGAAGAUGCAGGUUUUAGACGUUUAUUGAGUGCUGCAUGUCCUGAAUUUCCGGUGCUGACUACGAAGUCUAUUAAAAGUGAUAUAAUUUCCAUUUAUGUGAAGGAGAGAGAGAAUAUCCGUGAAUUGCUAGCAACAUGUCCUGGUCGGAUUUGUUUGACAUCCAGUACAUGGAAAUCCAAUUGUGAUGAUCAUUUUAAUUGUGUCACUGCACACUUCAUUGAUCAUGAAUGGAGAUUGCAGAAGAGGAUUUUAAGUUUCAAGCUUAUACCUCCUCCAUAUGAUAGCUUGUCUGUUGCAGAUGAGAUAGCUUUGUGUAUGGUUCAAUGGAACAUUGAACACAAGGUGUUCAGCGUUACUCUGGAGAACUUGUCGAGUGAUGAUUGUGUGGCUAACAUGCUUAAACCACGUCUUGAUGCGAAAAAGUACCUCCCUUGUAAGGGUGCAUUUUUUCAUAUGAGUUGUUUCUUUCGCAUUUUGAAUUUGAUUGUGGAAUCUGGUUUCAACCUGGUUAUUGAUAUCAUUGGAAAACUUAGACUCGGUAUUAAGUACGUGCAGCAAUCCCCCCAUCGGAAGAAGAACUUUUACAUAAUUGCUAAGACAUUGAAUUUGGAUACUCAAAGAAAGUUGUGUCUUGAUUCUCCUACUAGGUGGAAUUCCACAUAUAACAUGAUAGAAGUUGCUUUGUGUUAUAAGAAUGCAUUUGUGUACUCGGCAGAACAGGACAAAAACUUUAUACACAAAUUAUCAGAAGAUGAGUGGGAAAAGUUGAGUGUGUUAUACAAAUUUCUGAAAGUCUUUUUCGAGGUGACAUGUUUAUUUUUUAGAAACAGACAGCCAACUUCAAAUUUAUAUUUCAAACCCGUGUGGAAAGUUCAUAGUCGCUUGUUUGAUAUGGUUAGAGGUCCAGAAAAUUUUAUGACUUUCUUGGUCAAGGAAACGCACACUAAAUUGAACCAAUACUGGUCAGAGUAUAACUUGAUCUUGUCAUGCGCUGCAAUCUUGGAUCCUAGGUAUAAGAUUAAGUUUGUUGAAUAUUGUUACACCAAACUGUACGGUAGUGGUGCUCAGAAAUAUGUUAGUAUAAGUGUUAACACUUUGAAUGGCCUGUUUGGUGAAUACAUGCAAAAUUCUGCCUGCCCUUCUCGUACUGCUGUGUUAUCAGUUGCUACCAGUAAAAUCUCCAAUGAUAAAGAUGAUAAUGACGGGUUUGAAGAUUAUGAAACCUUUCAAAGUGCCAGAUUUCGAACUCAAGUGGAGAAGUCUCAACUUGAUCUUUAUUUAGAAGAACCAAGCCAUGACCUAAACAGUGAAAUAGAUGUCUUAGAGUAUUGGACUUUAUGUUCCCUGAGGUAUCCGGAGCUGUCGAGAAUGGCUCGUGAUGUUUUAACCAUUCCAGUGUCCACUAUUGCUUCUGACAGUGCAUUUGACAUUGGUCCUCAAGUGAUUAGCGCUGAUCGUAGUUCUUUAAAAUCAAAGAUGAUACAAGCUUUGGUUUGUCUUCAAGAUUGGAUGCUGGCUUCUGAUAGAACAAGAGCUUCAGGCUCUAUGGAAAGCAGAACUGAAGAUGAUAGCUCCAGUUCUAGUGAUGGUGAUGAUGAUUAUUAGAAGUGUUGCAGAAGAGCUAACUUGCUUCCAGGAAAUUUUGAGAAAUGGUGAGAUUUGAUGGACCUUUAUAUGACUCAGAGUGAUAAACAGAUGAUGGCAGAUCAAUCAUCUCCGGCACAGUGCUUGAAGGCAAUGGAGCAAUGAGCUCUUCCAAAGGGUCCCUGAAACUCUAAAAUUCGAUGGAUAAUUAAUGGCAUUAACUGCCCAAGAUUGAGAGAAGAAUGCAGCUCCCUGAAUACCUGAUUUUGGAGCAACAUCUAAAGCCCGUGACAUAACUGGAGCAUAGACAAGGACUUUCAAAGAAAAGAUCAGAGCAAUUUAUUAUUAGCGAGCUUGGCUAGCGUUUGAGAAACUAGUGUUGGUAAAAAGAUUGAGAUAUUCAUCCACUCUAGGAUUUGCUCAUUCAAUUUCUUCAAAUUAUUCAGGCUUUGUUCUGACCCUGAGGCCUUUUGAAUCUAAGCACUUGGACAAUUGAAGCAUUGCAUUUAUGUGACUUUGUAUUGGAAGAGGAAAUACCAGCAGGAGUUUUGUCAAUUCUUUGCAUCCGCUCCACUUCUCUCACUCUCUCAAAUCUCUUUGUGACUUUAUUUGUAGCAUUUGGGAAGCUUUUGAAUGGAAUUUAAGAAUGGACGAUAAAGGAUAAAAUGAAUUUUGGUUGAUGUACACAAGGGGCAGGCCUCGGCAAUUCUGCUCUCCUUCCCGAACACAAAAUAUGUAAGAGAACUGCCUUUGGAAAUAAAUCUGAUAAUUUAAACAUGACAUGAAAAUAAAACGGGAAAAACAAUGUAUGAAUUUAGUGUAAUGUU